CCAGCAUCCCAGACUUGUGUGACUACAUAGGCAAGCUUUUGGAGACUAACUUCACUUUGGUACCCUAGCCUUCAGCGGCUCAAGGUGUUGGCUUUCUGAGCAGACAGGAGGCUUUUAAGUAGCAAAGCUCCCUGCUCUCAGCAAGCCCAACACCAUGGGGAAGGGAGACACCUUGGAAGCACCAUCCACCUCGGCCUACCGCUCUGUCAUGGAGGAAUAUGGUUACGAAGUGGGCAAAGUCAUUGGCAAUGGCUCCUAUGGGACGGUGUAUGAGGCUUACUACACAAAGCAGAAAGUCAUGGUGGCUGUCAAGAUCAUCUCAAAGAAGAAGGCCUCUGAGGACUAUCUUAACAAGUUCUUGCCCCGUGAGAUACAGGUAAUGAAGGUCCUGCGGCACAAGUAUCUCAUCAACUUCUAUCAGGCCAUCGAGACCACAUCCCGAGUGUACAUCAUUCUGGAGCUGGUUCAGGGUGGUGACGUCCUUGAGUGGAUCCAGCACUAUGGGGCCUGCUCUGAGCCCCUUGCUGGCAAGUGGUUCUCCCAGAUGACCCUGGGCAUCGCCUACCUGCACAGCAAGGGCAUCGUGCACCGGGACUUAAAGUUGGAGAACCUGUUGCUGGACAAGAGGGAGAACGUGAAGAUAUCGGACUUUGGCUUCGCCAAGAUGGUGCCUUCUAACCAGUCUGUGCGGAGUAGCCCUUCUUACCGCCAAGUGAACUGCUUUAGCCACCUCAGCCAGACCUACUGUGGCAGCUUUGCUUAUGCCUGCCCGGAGAUCUUGCUAGGCCUGCCCUACAACCCUUUCCUGUCUGACACCUGGAGCAUGGGCGUCAUCCUCUACACGCUAGUGGUUGCCCGUCUGCCCUUCGAUGACACCAAUCUCAAGAAACUGCUGAGAGAGACUCAGAAGGAGGUCACUUUUCCACCUAACUAUGCCAUCUCCCAGGAGUGCAAGGUCCAGCUACUCAUUGUGUGGCACAAUGCGGGCCAGCUCAGCCAAGACCUCUCUCUCCCCUGCCCUAGAACCUGGUCCUCCAGACGCUACGCCAAGCCACCAAGCGUGCCACCAUCCUGGACAUCAUCAAGGAUCCCUGGGUGCUCAAGUUCCAGCCUGAGCAACCCACCCAUGAGAUCAGGCUGCUUGAGGCCAUGUGCCAACCCCCCAGCACCACUAAUCGUCACCAAUCCUUGGAAAUCAGUACCUGAAAGUGGCGGAAGGAGGGGGUUGAAAGAGGAGCAAAGCAGGAGGGUCUUGGGCUAAAAAUCUUUUAUACCAAAAAUAAAUCUAAUUCUGUUUUAGUUCCAUCAGGUAGAGUCACAUUCUUUCCUCAGGGGGAACCUUAGCAGGGAACACUGCUGAGGGCGAGAGGUGUGUUUCUGCCCAGAGCUUGUAACCAGUCAUCUUGACACUGGUUAAGUCAACAUUAUAAUUUACAGUGUAGCGCAUAUGUGGCUCAUAGGUGAGUGGGUUGGGCGUGCUCAGAGGAACACCUGCUUUGGGGAGGCUUCAUUAUUCUGGCUGAGUACAUGCUCAGUUUUGUCUAUCUCUAUGCACUCUAAAUGUUCAAGCAGUGGGGCAGAAGUUGCUCUACCCUGAUUGCUCAGUUUGGUCACAGCUCUGCCUGUCUACAGUCCAAGGGGACGGCAAUGUUCGUUCUUUUAGAGAUGGGUAACAGGAGGUAUGUAAUAUCUUGGUUCCUUCCUCCUUCACAUGCCACCUUACCCACUACUGAAACAAUCCUGGUGAAUCAUGGUCCCUCAUCAUUGCUCCUACACGUUGAAGUGACAGUUCAAACCAAGCCUAUGAACUAUGCGUUCUGGAGAAAGGAAACCUAUUGACCCCUUAUCCCCGUACGUCUCCUUUCCUACCCUUCAAAGUGGGCUUUGUAAGGGGAUGGCUGGUGAGUCACGGGGCUCUCUCGGCAGAGGCACAACUGGGUGAAAGUAAUGAGGGAAGGCUCAGGGACAGCUCCACACGGCUCUAGGAUAAAUAACAGAUGGCAGUUUCCUCACCCUCAGCACCAGGCAGCUCUAGGACACACCAGCUUGAGAGAUGGAACAG